ACUGACAAUCAGCUGUUUUGGGUCGCAGAUCCAAACAAUAAAGAAAAAAAUUUACCAGAAAAUUGUUUAUAGUCCGACAUCCUAGAGGACACCCGUGAUUGCCAUGGAUGGCCAUCUGCGACUGCACAAGGUGGGCGACUACGCCGCGCCGAGUCUCCAGGAGAAGACCAGCAAAGUGCUCGGGAACAUGGAACAGCUGUCAGGAGUGAUGAUAAUUAUCAUCAUCAGCGGAGGAGUUCUUACUUGUCUGAUGUUGUUUAUCUUCGCAAAGCGCCAAAUAAUGCGCUUUCAGCUGCGAGGACGUCGCGGACCCCACGUUCCGGUAGGCAACGAUGCCAAAAAAGCUCUUAGAAAGGAGAUUGAGCGGCGGCUGGACUGCAUCCAAAAGAUAACGCAGGAACCGAAGCUGUUGUGGAACGACGGCGACAAGUACAUUGUUCAGCCCGAGCCGGAGGCACUUCCACCGUACUACUACCGCAUGAAAGCAGUGGACGAUGUAAAACUAUUAGAAACAGAGAUUGCGAGAGCGGAUGGUAGUUCGCGGCACGCUCCCGAGAGUUUAAGGGCCUUCCUGUUGACCACUUUGUCGGUCACGUUAAACGGUGCCGGCCAGAGGAUGAUUCACCAGUACUGCGACAUGUAUGAGCAUGCCCGCCACGAUCCUAAUGAAUUCGGAAAGGAUGAGUACGAGGCCUAUCAUCAUUUGCUGCUAAAACUGCUGGAGGCUUCUAAACAGCUUAAAAACUACAAUUCCCGCAAGGCUUCGCCCGCUCGAACGCCUCGGAAACAGACAAAAAUGCAUUCCUUGCUGGAUCCUGCUCGUCUGCGACCGCCAACUACUUUGGAAAAUGUUCAGCCAAGCAGUGAACUCACGACUGGUCAGCAUGCAAAGGUUAACUUAACGCUUGGUCUCCAGGGCGGCAAUGCUGCAGGUGGCGAUGGGGACGCCGAGCUUGCCACCAAUCCUCUUCACUUGCAGGCGCCAUCCGACCGUGAUCUAAUCAUACGGAAUAGAAUUAAGACGCCCACGCUAGACGACAUUAUCGUUGAGGCCGAUCAUCAUCAGAACAGUGAUGCAGGGACCAUGGAGGACAACGAGAUUAAGAGCAUUUCGUCGACACAAUUUCAGCGGAACUCCAGCAAUGUCUAAGCUUUCAAGGAACCUCCGCUAAUUUGGAUAAAGUGUUCUCAGAAAAAAACCAGAAGUUGUACCAUUUAAUGCUUAUUGGUCUUUGUUGCGUUUUCUUGGCAGUCCAAAAAUUAAUUUUAAGCAGCUUUUAGAAAUUAAGAAGAAUUAAAGAAAUUUAAGUUUAACUCCUGUAGUUUCAAGCAAAAAUCUUGCGCUUAAUAAACAUGAUAUAAGGUAAUCAAAACUUCAAUAAUA